CCUCUCUGCGCAGCCAUGGGAACGCAUACGCCGUGAGGACGCGUUGCGCCCUUCCUCCGCACCUCCUCCGCUGCCUCUCGGAUUGCUCAGCUGGCCGCACUAGCCCAGAAGCGACCGACCGACCAAACCGGGGAGCUGUCGCGGAGCUACAGAGGGGUGCGCGGCGGCUCUAAAAACAACUUCGCGGCAGCAGCGUGGCUUCGCGUUGAAACGGCGGCAAUAGGAACAUGGCGCAAGUCUGCAAGCACGCGAACACAAUGCGAACCGCGUUCGAGGCAAGGCGGCUCCUAUCGCGCCUCAAUCCCCGGCGAGCUGCUGAUUACAAGAAGCUGGUCGGCGGCGGUCAGAGGCGAUCGCUCACUAGCCUCAGCUACCACCACACCACGGAUAAGCAGCCGUUGCUUCCGCUUACGCUGGGCGAUGUGGUCGACCGGGCGGCCGACCAGCACGGAGACAAGGUGGCCAUCGUGUCGUGUCACCAGUCAAUCAGGAAGACCUACUCAGAGUACAAGAAAGACAUUGACCAACUCGCCGCCGCCCUCGUGUCUCUCAAGCUCCGCGUUGGCUCCAAGAUCGCCAUUAUUGCGCCGAACAUGUACGAGUGGCCGGUCGUGCAAUUCGCAACUGCUAGGGCAGGAUUGGUCCUGGUGAACAUCAACACUGCUUACCAAGUUCCUGAACUUGAAUACACCCUGCACAAGACAGGGUGCGAGGCCGUCAUUUUUUCUGCACGGUUUGCAAGACAGGACUACUACAACAUGCUAUUGCAAAUAGCUCCCGAGCUGGAAUCUUCGACUCCUGGAGAUCUGAAAAGCGCAAAAUUACCCAAGCUUAAGCAUGUCAUCGGCAUUAGCGAUGAAAGGAAACCGGGUACGGUGACGUUCGCUGACCUCAUGGAGUCCGUUACCAACCAACACCUCAAAGACAUGCAUGCAACCUCAUCUAGGCUGCAGUUCGACGACCCCGUCAAUCUGCAGUUCACGUCGGGCACGACAGGCAAGCCUAAGGCAGCGCAGUUGUCUCACUUCAAUAUCGUCAACAACGGCUACCUUGUAGGCGAAAGGCUGGAGUUGGACAAGCAGGUUAUCUGCUUGAACGUGCCCCUCAUUCACUGUUACGGAUGCGUCGGCGGAACGAUGGCGGCAAUGCUCUAUGGGUCCACCAUUGCGUUUCCAGCUCCUGGCUUCAAGGCGGAAGCCUCACUGAGUUGCAUCCAAAAUGAGAAAUGCACUCAUCUCUACGGAACACCCACCAUGUACAUAGACAUGUUACAUCAUUUGCAAAUUGGUCAAUACGACGUCUCCUCUGUGAAUAGAGCCGUCAUGGCCGGAUCACCAUGCCCACCAGAGGUUGUUAAGAGAGUGAUGACGGAACUCAACGCACAUCGAUUCUUCAUUCUGUACGGCGCGACAGAAACAAGCCCUGUGAUAACGGCAACGAGCCCGGAUGAUGAACUGGAAAAAUGGAUACAUUCCGUCGGCAAACCUUUGUCUCACACUGAGGUGAAAAUCGUCGACAAAGAGGGCAACAUCGUGCCUACGGGCCAGAGGGGUGAGCUGUGCACCCGGGGCUAUCUGGUCUUUGCGGGUUACUUCGACGACGAAGAGUACACGCGGAAAGCUGUCCGCAACGGCUGGUAUCACACUGGGGACGAAGCGUCGAUGACAGAAGACGGUAGAGUGUCCAUCAUGGGUCGCAUAAAAGACAUGAUAAUCCGCGGUGGUGAGAACGUGUACCCUCAGGAGAUUGAAGAUUUCCUCUACAGCCAUCCAGCAGUUGAAGAAGUACAGGUAGUUGGAGUUCCCGAUGAAAGAAUGGGCGAAGAAGCUUGUGCGUGGAUAAUGUUGAAACCCGGGUCCAACACGACCGAAGAGGACAUAAAAAAUUUCUGCAAAGGAAAGUUGAGCCAUUUCAAGAUACCAAGGUACAUCUUGUUCGUCGACACAUUCCCGAAGACGCUGUCAGGAAAAGUUCAGAAGUUCGCCAUGCGGGAGAAAAGUCGCCAGAUACUCAACUUACUUAGUGACACGCCGGCCAACACGCCUGCGGACAGCGCUAUUCGGUAUCGUCAGAAUUUGGCAAGAAGAACAAAAGAGGAACGUCGCAUCAACGAGGACAGCUGUUGCCCUCGGCGCACGUUCGGCUCGCUGUGCGGCUUUCCAGAACAGUCCUGCCCUCGCUCAAACCUGCACGCGUCGAGGGAAGUUCUCAGUUUCGGGGCACUGCACUUGCAACGCUGUAGCGGUUGCCGCCGAGCUUAUCGAAUAUCAUCGAGCUCUGUGUGGGCGGCCACAGACAUCGCGAUGCUUCGACGGUGUUGCCGGCGGGCUGCGGGAACGUUCUCGCUCGCCGUGGAGCCGCGGAGGCCGCGUAACCUGAUAGGGAUUCGUCAUGUGUUGCGGCGGGAGGCGUCUCGCCUCAGCUACUACCACGGUGCGGGCGGUGCUCCGCUGCUGCCUCUGACUGCGGGCCAGAUGAUCGACAGGGCUGCCGACACCAAGGGAGACAACGUGGCCAUAGUGUCCUGUCACCAAGGGAUCUCCAAAACUUACGUGCAGUUCAAGCGCGACAUCGAUCACCUGGCUGCCGCCCUGGUUUCUCUCGGGCUACCACUGGGAUCCAUGAUUGGCCUCGUAGCGUCUAACAUAUACGAGUGGCCUGUCGUGCAGUUCGCAACGGCCAAGGCUGGCCUCGUCCUUGUAAACGUCAACACUUGGUAUCAGGUGCCGGAGCUGGAGCACUGCCUAAAGCUUGUGGACUGCGAAGCACUGAUCCUCUCGAACAAGUUCGCCCGCCAGGAAUACUACACGAUGAUGCUGCAGAUUGCGCCUGAACUGGAGCGAUGCAAGCCAGGUGAACUCAAGUGUGCGAGGCUGGCGCGCUUGAAACACGUUAUCUUGCUUGGAGGUGAAGCGAAACCGGGCACAAUAACAUACGACGACCUCCUGGCGCGAACAACUACGAAAGAUUAUGCUGCCCUUGAUAGGAUAGCAUCCCAGAUUCGUUUCGACGCACCCGUUAACGUGCAGUUUACUUCCGGUACCACGGGGAAGCCUAAAGCUGCCUUACUGUCGCACUUCAAUAUAGUCAACAACUCCAACUCGUUGGGACGUGCGAUGGGAUUCGAUGAGCAGGACGAGAUCAUCUGUCUGAACGUUCCCUUAAUACAUUGCUUCGGCUGCGUCAUCGGCACCAUGGCGGCUGCGGCGUUCGGCGCCACCAUCGUGAUGCCGGCACCCGGAUUCAACACUUUCGCCAGCCUCCAGGCCAUAACGGAACACAGGUGCACCGUGCUAUACGGAACUCCAACUAUGUACAUCGAGUUAAUGAAGCAUCUGGGUGCAAAUUACGACGUUUCGUCGCUCCGCAAAGGUGCUAUUGGUGGCGCCCCUUGCCCACCGGAAGUGAUCAAGAAUUCUAUUGAGCGGCUGAAUACGAAACGAAUUCACAUACUUUACGGCUCGACAGAAUGCAGCCCGGCCAUUGCGGUCUCCAAUCCAGACGAACCACUUCAAAUGUGGAUUCACACAGUCGGGAAGCCGUUAGAUAACGUUGAGGUGAAAGUGGUGGACAGAGAUAACAACGUCGUCCCUGUUGGCACGCCGGGAGAGCUGUGUGCACGCGGCUAUCUCGUCUUCCUCGAGUACUACAACGAGCCCGACAUGACCAAUGAUGUGGUGCGGGACAAGUGGUAUCACACCGGAGACGAAGCGAUCAUGACUGAAGACGGCCACCUGAUCAUCAGUGGCCGAAUCAGUGACAUGAUCUGCCGUGGCGGUGAGAACAUCUACCCGCUCGAGAUAGAGGAGUUCCUCUACACGCAUCCAGACAUUCAAGAGGUUCAGGUUGUUGGCGUACCCGACAAAAGGUUCGGCGAAGAAAUCUGCGCCUGGGUUAGCUUGAAAGAAGGGAAGAUCCUGACCGAAAGAGAUAUUAAGAUGUUCUGCGACGGAAAGAUCAGCCGAUUCAAGACGCCGAAAUACGUUCUGUUUGUUGACUCUUUCCCGAAGACGAUAUCUGGAAAAAUUCAGAAGUUCAAGAUGCGGGAACAAAGUAGGAAGACAUUAAAACUUUGAACGUUAUACGUCGAUCACUGCUUCUUCAUGUUAUUUUAAAUGGAUUACGGACGCAGUACAACAAGCCGGUCAUGUGGGGAACUUAGACAUGCACGCACUGUCAAAAUAAACGUUGGAACAAAAACGGCA